UCAUUUCAUUAAUGAUCAUGCCGUGCGUGUUCCACCAAAGUCCAUGCCAUCAACACCCCAAGGCUUGGACACGCGGCUGCCCUGACUUCAUUUCUCACUACCCAUCCUGAAGUAGGUAGUUGAGUAGUUAUUGCCAUUGCCUUUGGAAGUGUUGCUUUCGUUAGGCGGAAAGUUCCACACAACGCAAACUUUUCCGACUUACCAGUGGUUUUAACGAAGUUCCUUGCUUCUGCCCCCACGUCAUUACUGCAGAAGAAUAUAGAUCUCGAUUCCCAAUCCCAAUUUCCUUCCAACAAUAAUGGUUCGAUUGUCACCUCUCCUGAGUCUCUAUCUGGUUCUGCUCGCACCCGUAUUUGGUUUGGAUAACAAUGUCCUGGCAUUGAAGCAGCUCAAACGGGAGAUGGAAACCACAAAGGAGGGUAUUCUCGACCUGGUUCACUUUGCCGAGGACAUCGGGCCGUUCCUCAAACUGCUCGUGAAGGAUGUCCAUUGGUUGUCGGAAAACUUGUUGAACAAAACCAAGCAAGCUGAACGCCAUGAGAAAAUCAUCAGAGCCUGGGGCAAACGAAGCCGAAUUGAGGCAGUCCAGAACACUUCCAUGACCCUCCUGUGUGAGGAUCCCUUGGGAUUGAAAGCGCAUGAGCUGCCAGUUAAGCAGAUCUCGUGGCUCAAGCUACCAUCUUUAGACUCCCACUUUUCACGAGACCUCCCGCCGGAUUCGACUCAUUCUCCUGGCGCCGCUUUUCUCAUGUCCUCUGCUCGUCCGGAGGGUGCCCGGCAACUCCACGUAAGGGUCAGGUCCACGGAAGAAGAGAUCUAUCAAUGUCGACUUCAUCUGCAGAAUGAAGAAAUUGCCCACCACACGUUCCUCGUCCAAUCAGUGGAGGCAGAGGAUCAUUAUCGCCACUGCAAUCAGGUUCCAGACAUUGGCAACACUCGGAGUCGAAGUUUUUCAAGACAAGACUUCGUCGAGGUUGAGCUCCAAUCACAGGAUUCCAUCUCCAUGCUAUGCAAAUCGAAUGCCAACUUGAAGAUUUAUGCGGACGAGGACCAAGGGGAAACUGGAGAAGCAGGAUCAAGUCACGCAAGCUCACCUGGUCCUUCCCAGAUGGAAAAGAUGGAAAACAUCCGGCAAGACGUAGAGCUUGAGAGUCUAUGUCUCUUCAAACCAUCAGCCCAUUUCCCUCCCUCAUCCGGACACGAGACUAUUGGCCCAUUCGAGCCAGACGAAGAGAAGACGAGGAACCAUUCUCGGACCUACAUUCAAUGGAGCAGGAAUCAUUCUCUUCUAACUUGUCCUGUGGCUCUAAGUCCCCUUUGGCCAACUGGAAGAGGAAACUUGGAAUUGGACAUCUUGACACUCGUGAACCUUCAGAGGUCGGAUGAAGGCUACUAUGCGUGCAAUCGUCUGCAAUCCAAGCAAGUCAUACAUCAUCGCAAUCUGUUUGGAGAACUCCCACGAGAUCUGGUCGCGCCAGAAGGUCACACCAAGUGCCUUAAUGAUUCCCCGACAGGCUUGUACCUCUCCAUUAAGGAGCCAUGGCAAAACUAAUGAUAUUCUUGUUCUGCGCAUCCCUGGUUUGGGGAUCAGAUAAUCACGCGUGUUGGGCUAAAUAAACGCCUAUUGUGUUUGGAGAACCAACAAGGAAAAUAAACGUCAGUAAGCAUCA